AAUGAAAAAGCAUUAUGAGGAAUAUGAGCCAUUGCUGAAACAACUACAAAAGAAAUACAAUGCGGCUAUGAGGGAAAAAGCACUCAACCGCUUGGAACGGGAUCGUGCCCUGGAAUAUGCCGAAGAUUUGCGUACCGCGCUCGCCUCCUUACAAAAGCUCGGGAUAGUCGAUGAGGAGAGCCGUGCGGUCGUGGGGACAAUCAAUCGAAAUGGAGAACCGUCGGACCAGACCAGAGGUGCAAAGUACGUGGUUGAGACUGCGCAUACCAAACAGAACCGCGAUGUACUCAACCCAGCCGGUAAAAGCAAGGGACAGUCGGAUACAACAAAGAAAACCCAAUCGGGA